UUCAACAUGCCCCUGUUGCGUCCUGGCAUUGAUGUGGCGGUGCACACGGAGUGCCGGAUGCUGUCUACAGCGGCCGGGUUGGACUUCAAGCAGCACAUCAUUCUGGUGCAGGCCCGGGGGGACUGGGUCGCCGCUCUUCGGCUGUGGCAGUCGUGGGGAUGGAAUGCGCGUGGUUUGGAGCGGGAUGAUGACUUCGCCUUCAUGUUCCUGUCUGAGGAGGACGCCUAUGCCGAGGGGGGCGCAGCGCUGGCCGAAGCAUGGCUGGAAGUGGCCGGCCAGGCAUACGAGCGGCUGAUGCCGGCGGCUGUAGCAGUGGCGGAGGGACCGCCGGUGGGCCGCAUGCUGGCCCUCAAUCCCUGCUGG